AUGGCAUAUCCCUGGAGCCAAUCGACACAUUCAUGGAGCAGACGCAAGCCUUCCGGUCCUGGACCUACUGGGAAGCAAAGUCUAUCCUUUCUAGCUUGGAUAGAGAUCAUGCAAAACGGAACAGCAAAAUCAUCCUCCAUGCUGUCGUUGUGCGCCAUGCCCUUAUUAUCUUGCAUGCAUGCAUACCAGGUACCAACGCCCAGCUCUUUUGAAGUGCUAACCUGCCCCAUUAGUGUUCUCACAAGAACUCUCACGGAGAUGUCCUUCGUUGGAACUAUCACUUCGACUGUGUACCAAGCAACACUUAUCGAGACAGCUUAUGUCACUGGUCCCACUGUGACGAGGAUUACUCCUGAGACAUUCACUAUAACGCAACCGGCUGCGACUGAAACCAUUUCGGCAAUUCGAAAUGUCACAGAGUUCACGAUAUCCACGCUUACAAUCAAUACCCCCGCCCCUAUCACCGCUAUUGAAGACGACGGCGACCUGGGCCUCGCCGUACGCACAGUUACGUAUACCCAAAGUGCACCGACAACUAUCUCCGUCUUUGCCACGUCAACAUCAUUGAUCACAUGUUCUACUACUCCUAUACUACCCCAAGAGACUACCAUUAUCAAGAGCGUACCAACGACGAUAUCAGUCACCGAGACUCUGACUAAAAAUGUGCUCAUUCUCAGUACCACAACUCAACUUGUCAGUUUCACUUCCACAUCGACAACAUUCGUGGAUGCUGGGCAGAUGGUCACCAGCACAACGACGCUAAUUAGACCCACUACCUUUACCGUCUUCCAACCAGCAACGCUCAAUCUUACAGAAUAUAUCCGCGAAACUGAAACGCUACUUCAGACCCGUACAGAGACGACAUCGGUACUUACUACUACGACGCAGACGAGCACUAUCUCUUUACUUCGGACGAUCACGGCAGUUCAGUUGAGUACUGUAUAUCUUUCAGCGACUGUAACGGAUUUCAGCACCGUUUCAGUGCCUGAGCCUAUUACUUUCACAGUUUUCAGGACCAUCUCCGUGCCUCUGCCAACCACGGUAACGCUAUAUAAUAUUAUCUCUUCGCCUCAACUAUUCCCAGUUGGUGUAACAACCAAUCCGCUGUUGCCAUUGGUUACAACAGUCACACAGCUCAGGACGAGUACCGUCACCCUACCUGCGCCUGCGCCAAGUACAACCACCAUAUUGAGCACGAUAUUUGCGCCUCAGCUAGCUACCACAACUCGCAUUCCAUCGGCGAUCACUAUCACACAGCUGAGCACCAUUUCAGUGCCGCUUCCGCAGGUCACUAUUACCAGCGUAGAGCGAAACACGGAAACUGUUGCCGUGACUGCUACUGAUCUUGUACAUGAUACAUCAACACUGUUUGUGACUCGCUCGGUACCCUUCACUACAACUUCCGUCUUGGUUGUCACUUCCAUCCACAUCCUCACUGUCACGUCGCCCGCUUUGCCAGCUGCAACCAUCACAAGCACUGAGUUCGUGACACGGACAAUAAGCCAACUCCAAACAGUGGAUGUGAGCUCCCCAGCAGUGGGCGUCACUGAAGCUGGCAUGCAAACCGGUGGAGGUGUUCAGACUGUCACUACGACGUUCACGCCUGCAGCAGUCGUCCGAACCCAGACACUGACCACUACAUCUUUCCUGCCAGGAAUAGUCGUAACCUCGACAGCUUUACUGCCAGCUCUGACCUUAGAACAGACAAUAUCUCUUACUGUGUUCCGCACGGUGACGGCUAUCAUUACCCAGCGCGAGACUUUGAACUUCUUUGUAACGAGCACAAGUCCUCCGAAGACCACCACAAAUACUAUCAGUGUGACAACCACAUUGGUUCAGGCCACUAAGCCUUUCACAUCUACAGCUUUUGUGCAUCCUACUGUGACCGAGAUCCAACAAAUCCGAACUACAGCUACUGAGACAUCCACUCACGUAAUCCCGACAACUUUCACAAUGCGCGACUUCUCUACGACUACUCAAACUGUCACUUGCACAGAAUUUGCAGGGACUGCCACCAUUCUGAAAUCUUUCACCAACUUCCAGACCAUUUCUGCCACAACGACGCGCACCAUCUUCGCAACCCAGAUCUCUGUGAUAAAAAGCACCAUCGCAGCAACUACCUCCGUUGUCUUGCGACCCACAACAAUCUACUCCACUCAACUGAUUCCCUCGACAUUCACUUUGACCACAACAUCAAUCAGCGUCAGUGAGCGCGGUAUAACGACCACCAUCUUCACGGGGAGAACGGUCACCACUACGGUGACUGCAAAUCCAAUGAACCUGCCGGUUCGAGCGGAGCGUACGCAAGCGGUACCAGUCAAUAUCGAGACUCUACAGACAAAGGAGGCGCCUACGGAGACACCACGGCCGCAGAGGUACUGGGCACCUUUCGCACGCCGGUAG